AAGAUAAAUUUUUUAUGCUCGCUUGAAUCGUGUAUUGAUCAGUCAGCUACUAUAUUAAACGUUUUUCUUUAUCGAAAAGAUAUUUUUUAACGUAAAGUCAUGAAUGCGACAAGUUCAAGAUAAUUCAGAAUUUGAAGUAUAAUUCACUCACUUAAAUAAAGACGCAGAAAUGUACAAAACAGUACAGUUGUUGUUGGUCAUAGUUCACCGCACCAUUUUGCUGGCUGUUACGCUCGUUGCCGGCACUUUAAUCUUUGCAGAAAUCGAACACAUUAAUUAUGAGAGCGCCGGAUUUUUUUGUUGGACGGUGGUCACCACCAUAGGCUAUGGUAAUAUAACACCCAAGAAAAAUUGGGGAAAAAUCUUCACUAUGAUUUACGGUAUCAUCGGAAUCCCAAUCACUAUGUUUUGUUUGGUAUCAUAUGGCUCCUUUUUGAAUCACUGCAUUAAAAAGUUCAUCGUGGCCACAGAACGAUGCUGCUGCACAAACAAACAGGUGGCAUAUCUACACUUCAAGCUGUUUAUCGCGUUAUUCUUGUUAAGCGUAGGCGAGUUGUUUUUGGGCGGAUACGCAAUGUACGAAAUGAACGAGUGGUCGUUUCUUGAUUCGGUUUACACUUGGUUCGUGUCCAUAUCAACAAUAGGCUUCGGUGAUUUCGUGCCAAGCUAUCCUCCUGAGAAAAACCUCGUCAACUCACUAGUGAGCGUCGUUAUUCAAUUGUUUUGCAUGGUCACAUUUGCGUCGUUCAUCGAGGCAAUUCAAGGGAUGAUCGAGUCAGUUAAUAACAACUCGCGAGGGGUUUGGUCCAUCAUAUUUUGUUGUUAUAAGGAUGAAGAGAAAGAGUGCUACGAAAUACAACGGGAUUCAAAUUCAAGCUUUGGAUUAAAUUACGUUAAAGAUUAAAAUGUUUUAUAUCCAUUAAAAAUCAGAGUGUAAUGGGGCUAGGUUUUAGUUGCGAAGCAAAAUAGAUCAGAAAUACAUGAAAAAAUGAAAGACAUAAGAUAUGCAUGAACGCAAAUGCAUAAAUUCUAUAAAGCAUUCAGUUCAGAUUGGUAGUAGUGAGAAAUGGAUAUUGCUGUCUAGUGUUGAUGUUGUUAUAUCGUACAGCACAUGUAAUCACAAAUGAUUUUUUAAAAAAAAUAAAGUUGUCUUGUUAUCGGGGA